CCGCGUUCCGUUCGUACGGUUGAAUUGUGGAAUCGGUGAGCCCUACUAAGCUGCCGUUGCCUUCCGCUGCACUGCAUUCUGGUGCUGGCGAAUUCGCGUUCUUGCACUCGUGAGCCUCCGAACAAUGGAAAGGAAAGAGGCAUGUGGUGAUAUUAUAUAGACACACACGCGCCCUCGUGUACUAUCCACAAUCCGACUAUUGUCGAGCGCGAUGCGUGUGGGACGAUUCGCGUGUUCUUCGCUGGGUCAGAGGAUAUGACGCGCCAAUAGUUGUGAUCUCACUACCCGGAUGCAUCCCCAGUGAUUGAUUGAUUUUUGAUGUGAGAAUUCAAUUUGCAGUGGGGUAUUCAAAAUCAGUUAUAAUCCAGGAGCGUAGUUUUUCCAUUGUACGACGGAAAUAAAUAGUUACCGCCCGGUGGUGUGCUUCGAUAGUGCUUUGCAUAAAGUUGAUAGUGCAAGUUAGGAGUACUGAGAAAGCAACAGCAAGUGACCACAUGUGAGCAUAACUCUCUGGGUUUCUACGUCGAGGAAAAAGUUACUCAGUUCUGCGGCACAGCAGCCGGAGGAAAUCGUGAUCUCCGCAGCGUAAGCGAACGAGGAAGUUUCACCACCGUUGUGCGGAAGUUCAAGUUGAAACAUAACAAAAAGGAUAGAAUCGACGUUCAAAGUUUACGUGCGCGGGAAGUGAAAAUGAACUUGUGAAGAUAAGAAAAUUAAAAGUGCGGAGAAGGUGUGGAAAAACAAUUGUGUCGGAAAGUUGAGAAUUGAUUGCGAUUGUGGCUGCAGAAUAGCUCCACUACAUCUCGAGAGUGCUACGUGGGAGGAUUGAGAUUCCGCGCUGAAUCGAGUCUUAAUUCCCUCCCGUACAAUCCCGUCGAGAGCCCGUCGAGAAUAAACAAGACGAGCCCGACAGUGUAGUGUUGCUUCCACUAUCGCCAUUUGUGCUCUUCGUGCUGCUCCUUUUCCUACUGCUGUUCCAACUAUCCCGCCGUCAGGAAGAGGAGGAACGUGAGCGCGAACGCCGCCACUCAACGGCGGCUUAUCUCAGCCGCCGAGACCACCAACUCCCCCAUCGCUACCAUCAUCUCCACCAUUUCCCAAUCCACCAGUGCAAGCUGUGUUCGCUCGGCGCAGGGCUCGGAUCCUCCAGAGCCAAUCAAGGAGUGGAGGAUAUCACGUCGGCCCCGCCUACCGUCACCUCGCCCCUUCUUGCCAAGGCGAAGGGCAAAUUCUUCACAAUGCCGCGCCAUGACCAGUGCUAUUCACAGUCCAUUGAGAUGGAUGUGUACGACACGGAAGGCGAACCCACCGAUGAUCAGCCUUUCGUGUCUAAAAAUGAAAAGCUGGACACCAACCUGUUCCUUUAUUCGGAUGAAAUCCAAGAGCGUCCACAAAUCACAACCCUCAUCUCGUCCCUGGCAAACUACUCGAAUACAAUCCCUGCACCGACGGAUCCCGAUGCCAAGCCAGCACCCGCCUCGGCCCGAAUGGGCACACUCAUCGGUGUCUAUUUGCCGUGUAUACAGAAUAUUUUCGGUGUAAUUUUAUUCAUCCGUUUAACAUGGGUAGUCGGUACGGCCGGAGCUAUUUAUGGGUUUUUAAUUGUGUUAUGUUGUUGUUGCGUGACUAUGCUAACUGCCAUUUCGAUGUCUGCGAUUGCCACGAACGGGGUGGUACCGGCGGGCGGGAGCUAUUUCAUGAUAUCGAGAUCGCUCGGGCCCGAAUUUGGUGGCGCUGUCGGGAUGUUGUUCUACGUAGGGACAACGCUAGCAGCCGCCAUGUACAUCGUCGGUGCGGUUGAAAUCGUGCUGACGUACAUGGCCCCAUGGCUGUCGAUAUUCGGCGAUUUCACCAAAGAUGCAUCGGCGAUGUACAACAAUUUCCGCGUCUAUGGCACGGGGCUGCUCUGCGUGAUGGGCCUCAUCGUGUACGUGGGCGUGAAAUUCGUGAACAAAUUUGCAACCGUGGCGCUGGCCUGUGUCAUCUUCUCCAUCAUUGCGGUUUACGCCGGCAUCUUCAACAACAUCGACGGCAACGAUAAGCUAUUCAUGUGCGUCCUCGGAAGGCGUCUGCUGAAAGACAUCCCGCUCGACAAUUGCACCAAGGAGGCCGGUGGUCCACUGUACAACAUGUUCUGCGAACAGGGCGAAUGUGAUCCUUACUUCAAAGAGCAAAACAUAUCGCUCGUCCGAGGCAUCAAGGGACUCAAGAGCGGCGUAUUUUUCGACAAUAUUUUCCCAUCGUUUCUGCAGGAAGGGCAAUACAUCGCCUACGGAAUGGACCCGGAACACAUCGAACCACUGGACCGACCAACGUACAACCAAGUCUACGCCGAUAUUACCACCGCUUUCACGAUAUUGAUUGGCAUCUUUUUCCCGUCGGUAACAGGUAUCAUGGCUGGCUCCAACCGCUCAGGCGAUUUGGCAGAUGCACAAAAGAGUAUUCCGAUCGGUACAAUCGGUGCCAUCCUGACCACAUCAACCGUCUAUCUGUCCUGUGUGAUGCUCUUCGCCGGAACCGUCGAUAACCUGCUACUGCGUGAUAAAUUCGGUCAAUCGAUAGGUGGUAAACUGGUGGUUGCGAACAUGGCCUGGCCAAAUCAGUGGGUCAUCCUGAUCGGUUCCUUCCUCUCGACGCUCGGUGCCGGACUGCAAAGUUUAACCGGUGCCCCGAGGCUGCUGCAGGCCAUUGCCAAAGACGGCAUCAUCCCCUUCCUUGAGCCGUUUGCCGUCUCGUCCAAACGGGGCGAACCAACACGUGCCCUUCUUCUGACGCUGUUCAUUUGCCAGGGUGGUAUCCUACUUGGCAAUGUCGAUCUGCUCGCGCCACUCCUGUCAAUGUUCUUCUUGAUGUGCUACGGAUUCGUAAAUUUGGCUUGCGCCGUCCAAACUCUACUGCGAACCCCGAACUGGCGACCGCGCUUCAAGUAUUACCAUUGGUCUCUCUCGCUGGUUGGUCUCACGCUGUGCAUGUCGAUUAUGUUCAUGACUUCGUGGUACUUUGCCCUGAUCGCGAUGGGACUGGCGGUGUUGGUGUACAAAUACAUCGAGUACCGAGGAGCCGAAAAGGAAUGGGGAGACGGCAUCCGUGGUAUCGCUCUGUCGGCCGCUCGCUACUCGCUACUCCGGCUCGAGGAGGGCCCUCCGCACACCAAGAACUGGCGGCCUCAGAUUCUGCUGCUGGCCAAACUGAAUGAAGAUUUCACGCCAAAAUAUCGCAAGCUGUUCUCGUUCGUUUCACAGCUGAAGGCCGGCAAGGGUCUCGUCGUUGUCGUCUCGCUGGUCAAGGGUGAUUUCACCAAGCGGGCCGGUGAAGCUGCCGCUGCCAAGCAGAGCCUCCGCAAGACCAUGGAGGAGGAGAAACUGAAAGGAUUCUGCGACGUUAUGGUCGCACCGAAUGUCGCCGACGGGCUUUCGAAUGCCGUCCAAACCAUAGGUCUCGGCGGCAUGAAACCGAACACGGUGAUCCUAGGCUGGCCGUACGGUUGGCGCCAAAGCGAGGACGACCGCACCUGGCAUGUGUUCCUGCAAACGGUCCGCAACGUCAGUGCCGCUCGGAUGGCUCUGCUGGUGCCAAAAGGAAUAAACUUCUUCCCGAUGUCGCAGGAUAAGAUUUCCGGAAACAUUGACAUCUGGUGGAUCGUCCACGAUGGUGGCUUGCUGAUGCUGUUACCAUUCUUGCUGAAGCAGCACCGCUCGUGGAAGAACUGCAAGAUGCGUAUCUUCACCGUUGCCCAGAUGGAGGACAAUUCGAUACAGAUCAAGAAAGAUCUGAAAAUGUUCCUGUAUCAUCUGCGAAUCGAAGCUGAAGUGGAAGUUGUUGAAAUGAUGGAUAGCGAUAUCUCGGCGUAUACCUACGAGCGAACCCUGAUGAUGGAACAGCGCAACCAAAUGCUCCGGAAGCUGCGUCUCAACAAACGGGAGAAGGAGAAUGUGGUGGAAAAUAUGGUGGAAUUCAACCAAUCCACCGCGAACGGAGAGGACCGAACACCUCUGGUACAAGCAAUCGUCGACCAUCAUCACCACAUCGAGAACAAUACCAAAACGGCGUCCAAGGUGCGAUUCGCCGACCCGACGGAGACCAAGGACAUCUUCAACGAUGAAGAACGCGAGGAAAAGAAUGAGGUAUUUAUUACUGAAUCGGAAAAGGACAAGGACACAAAGGAGGGUGACAACGACGCGAAUACUCAAAGUACCGAAAAGACGAAUCCCCAGCUCGCCAACAAUGUCGCCUCGCCCGGCAAGGACAGCAAGAAGGGCCCCGGAGACGAAACGCCCAAAUCGCCUAGUAAAGCUGGUUACCAACCUGACGAAGGUAACGUGAGACGAAUGCACACGGCUGUGAAACUGAACGAGGUUAUAGUCAACAAAUCGCACGACGCACAGCUGGUUAUACUGAACCUGCCCGGCCCACCGAAGGAAACCCACAUGGAGCGGGAGAGCAACUAUAUGGAAUUCCUGGAAGUGUUAACUGAAGGCCUGGAGCGAGUGCUAAUGGUGCGAGGAGGAGGCCGAGAAGUCAUCACCAUCUACUCUUAAGAGCCCUGCUCCCACCCUACGCCGUGCUCCCAUCGUGCACGGACAAACACAUGCUGCACACUCACACACACGGAUGUGCAGUACUGUAUCGAAUACGCUUCAACAUCGUCGUUGUCACCACCGUUGUCGUCGCCGUCGUCGUCUUGACACAACUUAAACAUUACACACUCACACAUACACUCCCAAUCUCUCGCGUACACGAACACUUUACGCGUGGUCGCGUAGCAACUCAACACACCCACACCCAUACGGAAGAGUAAUGAAUUUAAAAAAAACUGUUUUUUUCUACACUCGAACAAAAAAAAGAAAACAAAUGUUAAGAUACCAAAAAAAAAGAACAACAAAACAAGCUAGUAAUUAUAGAUAAACUGAAAAGUCUACUAGUUGAUAGGUUAUAAUAUGAAGAGAAACACAAUGGUAGUAAUCAUUAUUAAAACCAAACUAAUAACAGAGUAUGAACAACAAUUUUCACAGGUGUUAUUCGAGUAUUGCGAUAGGGUCUAAUACAUCUUACGAAUCCAAACAGUAGCAGACAAACAAACUAAAUACUUCUAACAAAAAGUCAGUGCGAAUCAAACUGAGAAACAGCAAAAGAUACAAAAACAAACGUAGGUGGAGAGAUGAUAAGAGAGGAAGGGAUAAAUAAUGUGUUCCGCUUUUUAUCUAUUUAGCCCAAUUCAAAUAUAGGACAAGGAGGAAAAUUAGAGCCAAACCGAAUCACAAAGAAAAAUUCAUUCCCGUACAAAUCGAAAGAUGACAGACGCGUUGAGUGUUAAAUCAUACACACGUGUAGGGUUUGUUACUUGUUUCGAAAUUAUUAUCCCCAGUGAGAGGCGAUAGCAGGAUUCUGAACGCGAUAAGUAUUAUUUUAAGCCAAUUUGUAUUAGUCAAUGUUGUUGUAUACUAAGCGAACAAAAGCAUGCAAAACAGAAAACGAAAUGAUUGACACACACUCAACACUUAUUUUUGUGUUUCAAAGAAGUUUUUAUUUUUAGUGAGUUGUUUUUUCAUCAUUAUGUAAUUAUUAUUAUUUUUAUUUUGUUCUCCCGUAGCGAGCGAUGAAAUGAAAACUACUGUUGCAAUAGCGUAGAAAAUUAACGAUUACGAUUGGUUGGUUUCAUCAUUCGUUUAGAGCAGAAAGAACAUCCUUUAUUCUUUAGUUGGAACGAAACUUUUGGCCCAGCGGUAAGCGAUUCAAACGUCAUUUAAACAGAAUCAAAGCCCAAAAGCAGAAAUCAAACAAAGGAGAACGGAAGGACGAACAUACGGACACACUCACACACGUAAGAAGUGCCCCUUGCUGUAUGCAAAGUACAAAAACUAUCACCACCAAAAUAUUAAAGCAACAAAAACAAAAAAAAACACUAUCUAUGAAUACUCUAAGAAAUACGAAAAUGAAAUUCAAACACGAAUCCGGAGACAGUCGCAAACGAUAGUUCUUGAAGUGCUUUGAAGUCAGCAAUGUUUUAGUUCAGGAAUCGCCCAUACUCAAAGUAAAACACUUUUGAGUCACUAGUUAUUGUCGGAUUUUAUUUUUGAUUUUUGACCCUGUAUCAUGAUUUGGCUUUUUUCCUUUUCAGCAGUCAAUGAGAUAAAAGUUUUGGCAUAGUCUGUUCUUCAUUUUUCGGAAACGGCUGUAGUUCAGAAGAUAGUGCAAAUGAGUAUUGCGUUUAGAUCUGUCGACUAUCGUGAAAUCAGUUUUUUUUUUGACGUGGGACUACGUCUAACCGGAGUAUUAGGGGGGUAAAAUGAAAACAUAAACACAGAACAUACAAGAAAAAAUGAAAGAUUCCGAAUGCUUAUAACUCGAACAUUUCUUACUGUAUCGGAAAGAUGUUUGCAUUAAUUGAUAGGGAAUAUUUCUACGCAUCUUAAUAAAAUGUUAUUUUUCAUUAGAUAAACAGUUGAAUAACAUUAAAAUGUUACGCGUUAUCUAAACGCCCUAACUACCUCGUUUUGAUUGGCCCGAUUCAUGGUUUCCCCAACACAGCCAUCAUAACCAAGCAGUCUUGUAAAAAUCGGCAAUGCAAAUACAUGAAAGUAUGGAGAUUUUUGUUCUCACCGAAAUGUGUUCCCUAUCACAGACUUCAAAACCAGGCAGUGUUGGAGAAAUCGGCAUUGCAAACACAUGAAAGUCGGGGGUAUUUUUGUUCCGGCUGAAAUAUGUUUCCCUAACACAGACUUCAAAUCUAUGGAGCGUGAGGAAAUUGGCAUUGCAAAUUAAUGCCAAUGUCAUUUGCCUCCUGAGAUGGCUAAUAAGUAUCAUACGGAAGUUUCGUAUAAGCUAGUAUUUACUUCGGAAAAACUUUCCCGCGUUACGGGACAGUCCCGCAUUUCAACAAAAUGUCCCGCGUAGGAUUAUGUCAUGUCAUUAUGAUUAUGUCAUAAUACGUUGAGCUGGUUUCAUCGCACAAACAGUGGACUUUUUGUUUAGAUAGUGUCAGCAGGAAACGACAGCAACAAAAUCGAAAAAUUGAUUUUUAUAAAGACUUGAUUUUUAUAAAGAUUUAUAAUGAUUUUUAUAAAAGUGCCCUAUUGAUCCGCAGGGACCAACGUGAGUCAAACGAAAGGUUCAUCUUUGGUCCUCUAGCUCGGUCAGGGCUUAACGUGUUAAAUAAGCCGGAAGAACUAGUGUAUGCUGGACAAGAAUAGGCAGGGUUGUUUGAUGAAGUAUCGCAAAUGAAGCAAAUGUUGGCCGAAACCUCAAUCAUGGCUGAUGAAAAGAUGAAUGUUGACAUGUUCUUUUACCUUUCCGUGGCUUUGGUAGUCAGCUAUCUCUCCAUUUUGGCUAUUCACGCCCAUCUGGUCACUUUUGUCAUUACAAUACAAGUGGUCACAACUUAUAUUUAGCUAAAGCUCAAAGGUUUUUUUCUAGAACUGGAACUACUAAUAAGAUAUCGAAUAAAUGCCAUACGUAUGGCAUGGUUGGAUUUUAUAGGAUCAUUGUCAGCGGAGUUCUGAAGGAAUAUAAGUUGUUGAAUUUCUAAAACAAUUUUCAAUUAAUUUAUUUAUCGAAAUAAUCCCAUUACGGUACAAGCUGAUUGCCCUGGAAAAUACAAUUUUUUUCAUGCUUUCAUUUGAGAAUCCAACUGGCAUCACUGCUUGUAUAUAAACAAACUACAUUUUCUGGUCGUGCUUUUUUCCCAUUGUUUCUGUGUUUUUGAAUCGUUUUUAUUUUUGUUUACAAGCUCGUGUCGUACAUUAGCGCUUCUCUGUUGCGUCUGCUCAUUUGUGUGUCGAUUCAUCGUACCGCUGAGUGUCUUUACAAGUGAAGUGUUCUCGUGUAUGAAGCAAAACAACGCGUUUUUGAGUCAGCUAUAAAUUAUCUCAUACACCGAUACAGCCUACUUGCCGGCGUUAAUCAUUGCAUUCUAUCUCAAGCGCAAUGGCUAAGAAACUAUGCGGAGAAUGUCAAACCGCCAUCAAUGAUCUUGAGCCAAUACGUUGCGGUUUUUGAGAGGCUUAUUUUCACAACAACCAGCAAUGCUGUGGUUUAAUCACACGGAACCUGAAGGAUACAUUCUCGUCUGGAAAGAUCAUGUUUGUUUGUCAUUCCUGCAGAGAGGAGUUGAAAGGACGAUCAAUUCGCAGUUAUAUAACUGAUCAACAACAAUCGGUUACAACACCUACGCUCGCUGAUUUGCCAUCACAAGUUCAGCAACUGCACGAUAUCGUUGCUGAGUUGGGAAAAAAAGUUGACGGCAUUUCGGUAAAUCCACAACGCAAUCGCUCAGUGAGUGUAGCUCCAGUCUGGCCCAGCUCAGGCAUGAAACGCAGACGUGAAGAUCGCCCUGAUGUCGAUGUGCCAAUGGCAAAAGGAAUCAAAUCGAUCGAUUUGAGCGAUCUCUCUGCAAAAUAUCGUGUUAGAAUUUCAACUAGAUUCAUUCAUACAUUGUAGACUGCUUAGAAUAAAGUAUAUUUAACGUCAAUUCCGUUCAAAAGAGUUGUUUGUUUAUUUAUUGUGCUUAAAUAUGAUAAUUUAAACUGUCCAGUUUCUAUAAGACCAUUUCAAAAUUCAUAAAUAUUAUCAAUGAAAAAUUCAAAACGAUAGGCUGAUUCACAUGUCAAUAAUUGGUAUCCUUGCCAUUUCGACUAAUAACGUUCAAAAUUAGUGUUGGAAUACUAUUUUUCAAUUUUUCCGAAAUUGCGACCUUGAGUUCUUCAAUCGUGGUGUACCGUUUUCCCCCAGUGUAGAUUCUGCGUACAAGGAUCCCCCCUAAGAUUUUCAACAGGAUUCAAGUCUGGAGAGCGAGCCGGCCAGUCCAAAAAAUUAGAUUUUGGCCCUUAAUCCAUUGCUUAGUUUACUUGCUGGUAUGAAUAGAAGCAUUGUUUUGCUGGAAUGUGAUUUUUUAUGUGACGAUAUCCACGCAAAAACGGUAGGAUUCCAGAACAUGUGCAUGUCCUUGAAUGAUGUGAAAGCUAUUUUGAGCUUUCCGGUUGCGUUGAACCUCGCCCAAACCAUGCACGAGCCUCCACCAAAAUUCCUGGUUGAAAAAUACGGUUCCUUCUUCCGUAAAUCACGCCAGUACCCGUUGAAACCAUCAGGACCAUCCAAAUUGAACUUGUUUUCAUCAGUGAAGAUAACCUAUACAUUGAAGAACUCUUCGUUAUGGUAUAUAGCAAAAUGUAUUCUUUUGAAAACAUUCUUUGUCACAACAUACCAUGCCCCACUGUCGGUUCAUGUGAGCUUUGGCAAAACUCAGACGUCUUGCAAGCAAGGCGUCUCUAUAUACACCAGGUGAAACAAUCGUAUGAAAUGCACUUUCAGCCAUAUUGAAAUUGCUGUCGGUAUUGUUUACAAACAGCAUCUGAACGCUGCCGGCGGCUCUUUACAAACUGCUACGACGCUUCGAACGAUGCCUACUAUGUUCGGCUUUCACGAAUUUAUGUGAAAAAGAAGGGAUAUUCUGUAGAAUUUCAUUCUCAUUUCCACUACUCUCGCAUGUGAAAAUGCAAAAAUGGCGUAUCCUAGCAAUAACAAAACAAACAACCCACGCUCCACAAACCGUAAUCCCCUUCCUAUUGAAGUGAUUAUGUUGCUUCACCUGUUAUACAUUGAUUUAAGCGCCUUGGUCCGAAUCAAGGCGCCUCUAUAUGUACCAGGUGAAACAAUCAUAUGAAAUGCACUUUCAGCCAUAUUGGAAAUGCUGUCGGUAUUGUUUACAAACAGCAUCAGAACGCUGCCGGCGGCUCUCUACAAACUGCUACGACGCUUGUUCGAACGAUGCCUACUAUGUUCGGGUUUCGCGAAUUUAUGUGAAAAAGAAAGAAUGAUUUUGUAGAAUUUCGUUCUCAUAUCCACUAGCGUAUCCUAGCAAUAACAAAACAAACAACCCCCGCUCCACAAACCGUAAUCCCCUUCUUAUUGAAGUGAUGAUGUUGCUUCACCUGUUAUACAUUGAUAUAAGCGCCUUGCUUGCAAGGUGAGGAAUUUAACCUUUUAAGCCCUCUUUAUGUGAGGAUUUUUUACCACAAUUUGAUGAAUUGUCACCCGAGCAGUUAAGUAGUUGAAAUAUUGCUUUAUUUGCACAUGCGACCUGUUCUAGCUAUUUCCCGCUUAUCCCGAUCAGAGAGCUUGGAUUUACGUGGAGCUCUCUUCUUCUUACCGUAUCCUUGAGGAUUCGCCAAAUAAUUGAGCACUACUUGAUUGGAUCGUCCGAUCCGACGAGAAAUUUCUCUGAUCCGAAAAACGUGCUCUCGGAAUAAAAAACUCUGUUCCGCGACCUACAUCGUAAACAAACGAAAGCGAAACUUAGCACUCAGCACGAAGAACGCUCACAAAGAGGAAAAUAAAACCACACACAGCUGUUUGUCUCUCUCUAGCGGAAAACGUGACAUGAAUUAAGUCCCGCUACUUAUGACUCACCCGUUAACAAGCCUAACUUUUAGAAAAUAUCUAUUGCAAUCUUGUGUUUGUUGUUCGUGCUCUUGAGAUCUUUCCAUCUUCAGGAGAAUCAAGACGUUUGAGGAUAUAACUGAGAAUGGAUUCUGUUCUAGAAACUUGGAUUCCAAUUAUUUCGACCGAUUCGUGUUAAAUAUCCUACAAAAUUGAAUAUAAAGAAUAUUACAAAACACUUCCUUUCGAUUUCCUGGCAUUUGUUGACGUGGGACUACGUCUAACCGGAGUAUAUGGGGGGUAAAAUGAAAACAUAAACACAGAACAUGCAGGAAAAAAUGAAAGAUUCCGAAUGCUUAUAACUCGAACAUUUCUUACUGGAUCGGAAAGAUGUUUGCAUCAAUUGAUAGGGAAUAUUUCUACGCUUCUAUCGCAAUAAUUAAAAUGUUAUUUUUCAUUAGAUAAACAAUUGAAUAACUUUAAAAUGUUAAGCGUUAUCUAAACGCCCUAGCUGCCUCAUUUUGAUUGGCCCGAUCUACGGUUUCCCUAACACAGCCACCAAAACCAAGCAGCCUAGGGAAAAUCGGCAUUGUAAAUACAUGAAAGUAUGGGGACUUUUGUUCUCACCGAAAUGUGUUCCCUAACGCAGACUUCAAAACCAAGCAGCGUUGGAGAGAUCGGCAUUGGAAAUACAUGGAAAUCGGAGGUGUUUUUGUUCCGACUGAAAUGUGUUUCCCUACCACAGACUUCAAAUCCAUGGAGCGUGGGGAAAUCGGCAUUGGAAAUACAUGGAACUCGGGGGUAUUUUUGUUCCGACUGAAAUGUGAAAUCGGCUCAGCAAAUAAAUGCAAACUGCGAGUACUUUUGUACUCGCUUGCCUUUGUGCAAACUAGAAUAUGUUUCCUUAAAACGGUCUUCCGGGGGUACUUCUGCACUCGCAUCUUUCAGAAGGAAACGUUAAAUAAAAUAAUCGUUUGAUAAUUCUCCCGUUCACUUGUUUUGUCCUAGGUAUCAUACCAAACGUAAAAGACUGUCAUUAAAUUUACUUGUAACGAAGAACAUAAUCUAUCACAAUGCAUGAAUUGACCUUAUAUGGAAUUAUACAAUCUUUUUACCCACAAAGCAAAUAUAUUGAAUUCGGGAAUUGUUUCAUUCAAUAAAAAAUUUAAUCAAAACAAACAAAUGAUUAUUACGCUAAAAUAGUCCCACGUCAACCUUGCGGUUAUAUCAUAGAUAAAACCCACCCAUUUUUUUUCUGAAUUACUGUUUAGCAAUAAUUAGACAUUAUGCUCAGUAUGAGUUACUAAUAGCGAAUUCGUUUUUAAAACUGAGUCAGUGCCAAACUGACUCUGUGAUAAAAAAACGUUUUCAGUUUCACGAAUGCGGUGGUUUGUUGGUGUGCGUUAGAUAGUCUGAUUUGUUUAUAUUUGCGAUGACAAAUGUACAGUGUCGACGUCUGGUGGCGAUAUUGGUGCUUGGGAGAUAAAUUAUUCUCUAUCAGAUCAUAAGGGCCAAGUUUUACUUCAUAUUGUUUGAUUACCUAACACCUGUAGUUCUGACACUCACUCAACCAUUUUCCGAUGCAUUUCCUGUUUGUUCCACAAAUUAUUACUAUUAUAAUAUAAAAUCCUCAUUCGACACAGCUGGCGUUCGAUAUGUUUCUGCGAUAUCGGAAAAAAACCUCUUAUUUCAUCACAUAAAAUAAAUAUUUUAUACGUUAAAGUAAAUUUUCAUUCAUAAUUUUGAUACUGAAAGCAUGUUUAUUCCACCUGAAUAUCCAUCAUUAUUUUCGCCUCCCAAUAAAAGCACACGUAGCUUAAUGCCGUCUACGCGAAUAUACUCUUCAAAAUCUGAAUCCGAAUUGGAUUACGAUUCCAAUAAUACAAAAACAAAAGCUUCCGGUUUUCCAUUUCCAUAGUCUUCAUUUUUAGAUUUUCCAAAACAAUACUCGGAACUUGACAGUUUAGUAUAGUUAUAUUGGUGAACCCGAGUGCCAACCCGUGAAACAUCUCAGUGCGAACUGCAGUUAGUGCGACACUGUAUAAAGUAUAAACUGAAGGCAGUGUUGCCAGUGUAGCGGUUUGUUUCUGUGUGUUUCUACAGGUGCGGUCGAGCUCAGUCCGUUUUCAAGGGGUUAUAUUUCAAAGCAUCAAUAAACAUUUACUAGCUCCCUUGAAGGCAGCUAGAAUUGGAGAAUAAAGAACAAACGAUUCAGAUUGGGCCAAAACUUCUAUCAAUCUUCCAAAAAAAUCCCAAGGUAGAACAUAAAAGACAAACAAAAUCUCUUAACUGAAUGAGAAUAAUGCAUCUAGAACACACGAGAACAGUAUUUUCGACGAUUAACAUACUAGAGACUGCCUUUUUCCUCUUUCUUAUCGAACUAUUUACUGCAUUACAACAGUACAAGCAAAACAUACUUUUAGAGUGGAGCAGCAAACCGAAGUGAGUCAUACUCAUAAAAUGUAUUCUAUACAAACCAAAAAACACUAAAAAUGCAAAUAUAAAAUCUAUUUCACAAUAAGACGUAAAAUUGACAAGAAAAUCUGUGAAGGCAAUAUCGGUCAAAGAAGAGCAUCAUUUCAAGAGUUGAUGAAACAAAUCAGCUCACCCACAUACAAAUUAACAAGCGUAUUACGGUUUUACGCGGAGAUAAUACGAUUCAGAAAUGAACUCAAUACGCUAGGUAUUGAGUUACAAACAAAAUCCUACAUGAACCAUUAGUAAUUAUAUAUCUAAUAUGAUUAAAUAAAAUCUCUUUUUCGCAAAUAUAUAUAUAUAUAUAUAUAUAUAUAUAUAUAUAUAUAUAUAUAUAUAUAUAUAUAUAUAUAUAUAUGAAGAAAAAAAACACGACUGCUCCACACGCAGCGUCAUAUAUAAACACUUAUAUAUAUUUGAAAGAAGAAAAGACACACUCAAGAAAUUAACAUAAUUUUAUUACAGGUUAUUUUGAAGAAGAAGAGCGAAGAGCGCUGGCGAACAGCGCCAGCGGAAGAGCCAAAACCAUAUUUAGGUUGAAAGUAAGUUCAAAGAGUUGAGAAAUAACCUAAUACUAGAACUAUAGACGAUAAGUACUUCCUUUCAGGAAACUGAGUGUUAAUUAAAACAGUUGAUUGAAGAAAAGUUAUCAUAUAACAAAUUUUCGUAGGGUAAUCAGUAAAAAAUUAGAUAAAUUAAAUCCAAAACACAACCGAAAAGUAAUAAAUUUAAUUAACAAAAAAAGAAACUCUCAAACACCAAAGCGAUGAUCAAAGAAAGACUUUAGCAAGUGUUGAUACUCGAAGCACAAUCACGAAGACAACAUGAGGAAGAGAAGCGAGCUAACAAAAAAAAAACAAAGAGGAAAAAGCGGAGCGGUGAAAGUUUUUCUUCGAGCAAGAAACUUGUGGUGUUUUGGAAAAAUAUAGCUCAUUUACUGUGAAAAUCAAACUUGAAAGUACUUAAUAAAUACAAAACAACAAGUGAACAAAUAACCCGAGGCGCAGCACUGAUGACAAUCUACCGAAGUGGUUCACUUCGGUUCAGUCACAGUCUGUUCUUUUUUGCGCUCGAGGGUUGGUUAAGGUGUAAUGUAAGGCAGAAAGUAGUGGUAAACAAAUAGCGUUAGAAUCCUCCAGAUAGGACACAAAAACAUUCACACAUAUUCGAUGCAUUUCCGGUCAGUUUUUAUCCCUUCAAUAUCGAUUUCAUGAGAGAGAGAAAAAACAAACCAUCGCCCAAAUGUAUUACUUCGUGUUCUGCCGAAAAUAUACAACACAUGAACAUUUCUUUGAGAACUAUCGUUAGAAUUCACAAUAGAAAACAGAAUAAGUUAAGAAAAUAAUAAAAAAAACCGAAUCGAACGAACGUUUGAUUGUAGAUAAACGAAAACAAAGUUCUUGCAACUAUCAUACAUUGUAGCAUCUAAGGGCGCGAACAAACUGAAUCAACAAAAAAAGCUAGAAGUGAACGAAACGAAAAACAAACAAUUUUAAGAUUACUGAAACAAAAGCACACUUAGCGUAUUCUCAAACCCUAAGGUAGUUCGGACGCUGGGGCGAAUCAAAAAUAUACAUACUAAUAUCGGGACGAUUUGAAUGAAUGAAUCAAAAACAAAACCUGAACCAACACAACAACUUCGAAAAGCAAUAAAAGAAAGUUUAACAUGAAUUGGUGCGAAUCGGUAAUCGGCUUGAAGAACAAAAUAAAUAAAAAAAUGAAGAAAACGAGUUCGGAUAGAUUGCGAAGGUGUCUGUUGAAGCCCCAUAUUCCCCAUAUUCAGUUUUCAAGUCAAAAUGGUGCACUUAAUUGUUUUACGCGAUUAUACUUUUUUCAGAUUCAAUGGGUGGCAAAAAAAAAGAUUCAAGAAGAGAGAAUUCCGGAAUCGAAAUCGUGCAACUGUAUCGGAAUCAAUUGGAAUAUCCUUGCAAUUCAAAUGUUAAAAAUAACCAAUUUUACCUAACCUGUUUCUACUACAAUAACACAAUCAAACCAGAAAGACUUGAGAUACAGCGCCUUAUUUUUUGCUGAAACCCACGCUAUAACAUCAUCUCACAAGACAUGAAAUGGAAGGACCUCGAAACGGGCAAUACGUUUGUGUUGAUCAUUGAGUGGAUGUCGGUCUUCCUUGUCAUAGCACUAAUUUAGCCUAGAUAACUAGCAGGACGUUGAGUUCGUCGUGGCUGAUCUAGAGGCACUCUGGGCCGUUUAUUCCCCUAAAAUUUAACUAUAAAUGAACACUGAUGGAGCAUUAGAGUAGGUACCCACUUGUCAGUUCUGUAGACAGAUUCACUCGUGAGAAACCUUAUCAAGCAGUCUAGAGCCGGGAUGCUGUGUGUUGACACAACAAAGCUCACAGGAUCACAGGCGUUUCAUCACUAACAUUUCGAUCUAGUCGAUCUAUGGUGCAUGCUAUGCUCCUUUGCUCUCGAUGCCCAAAAAGUUACUCAAAUGGAGAAUUCGAACCAGACAUUUUCACGGUAUUAUGCGACGCCGUCAUUCUCCGUCUUCCAUCUCUACUACACCGUAGACAGUUUGCAGCACCUUCUGCAGUACGAGACAACUUUGUGCAGAGGCACACUACUAUUUCGCAUGGUACUUCUUCCAGAUUGAAUGCGUCUCUGGAUCUCCUUGUUGGUGUUGUUGUCAGCGGUCACUAUUGAUCCCAAAUAUUCGAGCUCAAUAACCACCUCAAGCUCGUCGCCGCCUACGAUGGCCCUUGAUGGUGAGCUAAUGUUGUUCUCCAUAGAGCUUCCUAUUUUGUUUUGACUAUUAAUCAGUAGUCCAAUUCGUCUAGCUUCCGUGAAGUAGCGUAUCACCAUUUUUGGAAGAAUGUCGGGAUUGAGAAUUGAACUCGUGACCUUCAGCGUGAGAAGUAUACUGCGCCACAUCGGCUCCACGAUUUCGAAAGAUGGCAACGUAGAAGGACAGUGGACGGCCAUCAAGAACGCCUUCACCGAGAGUAGUGAAAAUAACUUGGACCAGCUGCGCACCCGGAGGAAUGGGUGGAACACGGAUGGAAUCUGACGGAAGAUUGAGGAGCGUAGGGAAGCUAAAACCGCAAUUAAGCGGGUGAAAACCAGAGGAGCCAAGAACAAAGCCCGUCAACGGUAUGCGUUCUGCAGAAGGAAGUUAACCGCUCCUGUAGACGGAACAAGCGAGCGUGGGCGGACUCCCUGGCUGAUGGUUUGAGUAUUUCGAAUAACUUGUUCACGUUUCGACGUCCAAUCAACCAUCAACAUCCCGGCAGGAUCCGCCAAGGGUUCGGCGCAUCACUCGUGUCAACUCCGAGGCUCAAUCGCUGCAUGAGAUCGAACCAGCCAUCCGGAGUUUGAAAUCCAACAAAGCUCCCGGGGUCGAUAGCAUAUUAGCAGAGAUGCUCAAAGCUGACCCUAUGCUAUGCGCACGAAUGCUGUAUCAACUAUUCUCGAAUAUCUGGGACACCGCGACAUUUCCGAUCGACUGGAUGCAGGGCGUUUUAGUGAAGGAUCCUAAGAAGGGGGAUACAACUGUGUGCGAUAAUUGGUGAGGCAUCAUAUUACUGUGUAUUGUACUGGAAGUUCUGUGCAAAGUUAUCCUAGAACGGGUACAAGAGAAGAUCGACGCGACUCUCCGAUGACAGCAGGCAGGAUUCCGAGCCAGAAGAUCUUGUAUGGGCCAUAUUGUCACGCUCCGCAUCAUCCUGGACCUGGUCAACGAAUUCCAAGAGUCCCUAUAUUUGGUUUUCAUUGACUACGAAAAAGCUUUUGACCGACUCAAUCACGAAAAUCUGUGGGGUGCCUUGAAACGCAAAGGAGUUCCAUUUAAAAUCGUCGACCUCAUCGAAACGCAGUACGAGGCUUUCACGUGCAGAGUCCUGCAUAAGACAGAGUCCGAAGAUUGCUGAUUCGUGUCCUGUCACGGUCGCCAUGUGGUAAGUGUUUUGUUGGACUUUCGGUUUAAAUGAGUACACACGAGUGUUCGUUGUUUCACGUGUAUUCUUAUAACCCUUUUUUUGGACAAACAUUUGGCUCAAAUACUAGUUUACAUAUUUUGCUUAACUCUACACAAAAAAUCAUUUGUUUAUUACUGGGAGAAGCAUCGCACCAAAAGACAAACGAAGAGAGAGAUAGCUUGCGGACGGGGAAGUAUAAUUAUUUUUGGGUUGAGGGUUGAGGAAAUUCGAUAAUUGAAUUUCACUAGGUGUGAAACGAGAUUAGGUAGUGUGGGAAAGGAUGAGAUGAAAAAGGGAUCAUAACGCCUCAUCCGACCCAAUCUCGCCUGAGGCAAGGAUGUAUACGAUCACCGCUACUGUUCUUCUUCUUCUUCAAUGGCACUAACGUUCCUAGAGGAACUUCGCCGUUUCAACGUAGUAUUACUUGCGUCAUUUUUAUUAGUACUUAGUUGAGAUUUCUAUGCCAAAUAACACGCCUUGAAUGCAUUCUGAAUGGCAAGCUCUAGAAUACGCGUGAUCACAGUGCAAGUCGGAGGAAAUUUCUUUGACGAAAAAUUCCCCCGACCAGAACGGGCCGCUACUGUUCCUCUUCGUAAUUGACGAGAUCAUGGUGGGUUCAUUGACCACGUACCGAUCCGUGGGCUUUGGCAGCCUGUUAUCAUGGAACAUUUGAACGACACCGAACUGGUUGAUUACGUUGUACUACUAGCACAAUGGCGCUUCGAUAUGUAGAGUAAGCUGAAUGACCUUGCCGAACGCUCCUCUGCGACAGAUCUCAAAAUCAACGUCAACAAGACCAAAUCCUUGGAUGUAAACGUGGACAAUUGCCCCAAAUUCACAGUAGCGAAGCAAGCAGUGGAGAUCGUAGAAAGCUUUCAAUGUCUUGGCUGCCAGAUAGCGUCGAAUGGCUGCUUUUGCGAGAUUACGAAAUGUGUGAAAAUCCAACCAGAUUAGUUUUCACGCCAAAAUCUGAAUCUUCAACUCGAACGUUAAAUCCGUAUUGUUGAAGGCCAGCGAGACGUGGUGUGUAUCCGCGGAGAACACCCAGGAGCUACAGGUCUUCGUCAAUCGAUGCCUGCGGUACAUAACUCGUGCCUGGUAGCCUCACAACUGGAUCUCGAACGUCGAGCUCCAUCGUCGGUGUCACCAGAAGCCGAUAUCAACUGAGAUUCGAGAACGUAAGUGGAAGAGGGUCAACCACACACUACGAAGGAGCGGAAACGAAAUCUGCAAACAAGCACUAUAUUGGAAUCCGGCAGGACGUCGCAGCAGAGGUAGACUCAGAGGCCUGUGGCGACGCAGCCUCAACAAGGAAAUUAAUCGAUGCGAAUUUGACCUGGGCCCAGGUCAAGGCUAAAGCGAGCAGCCGCCCAGGGUUGAUUGCAAUACAAUUGAAAGAAUUCCUCGAAGCGACCGUAUCCAACUGCCGUUAGAGAAAGAUAGCAUCAGCAGUUGAUCGGAUCCGGAAAUAUAUCUUCGAAUUGUCGGCAAAUGUAUCUCGGAGUUCCUCUAGAACCAAAAAAUAUCAUCGGAGUAGAUUAUGAAAACUACUGGACCCGAAUGGGUUAUUUGUGUGAUUCUAGAAAUUGCUCCGAACGGAUCCGAGCUGUUUUCUCCGACUGAAACAGUUAAUCGCGGUCCUUUGAGGUAAGAUUCGAACCAACAUAGCAAAGUCCUAAUGAUACCUAACUAUGCCAACUUGACGAUAACGAUCUCGUGAUAAAUCUUGUUGAAAGCGACUGUUAAAUCGGUGUAGAUAGUGUCGGUUUGGAACCUUUCGACCACGCUGUCGACGACGUAAUUGCAAAAAGGGAGCAACAUAUAUCCGUGUUGAUCGCUACUUAUAUAGUGCUUGAAGAACGAGGACACUGAAUCCAUAGCGAUCAAUUUAAACAGUUACGAUACAGCGGAUAGGUAUGAAUUCCCUCUGUAGUUGCCAAUAUUCCACUAAUCGGUUUUUCAUAGGUUAAGAACAUCGUGGCAGACUUCCAUAACUUCGGAGAACGACCAGUAGCAUGAUCUGUUCCGCGCUUAUGCCGAACCGACUGAACUUCGAAAGUAGGAAUAUUGCUAGUAGCUGUAGAAAUCUGUUCAGAUGAUAGCGCACAAUCAUCAAACACACUUGAACAUCCGUGAACAUACGAACAUCCCGAUUAUCAGCAUGAUCAGAUAGUGUGAAACCAAUGACUAUGACUAGUGUCUUCGUCACGGGUUCCCAUAUGGUUGUAUGGAUCGUACACCAGCCGUAUUUGAAAAAAAAAGAAAGAGAGACAAACAGAGAGACAGGAGAGAGAGACUGUAUCAAAUUUCUUAGCUUAGAGUAGCUUCGCUUCAAGCCACUGCACGUUUCCUUAGCACUUUGGGGUUUGAGCCGCGGCGCACGGCUCUGUCGAAUCUGAUACAAAGUUGAAAGCUUUGAGCGCAUGCAUACCGCUAAUGAAUAGUGAGCCGGAAAGAACCACCCAUCGGUGAGAAGAUAAUCAAUUUGGCUUAUGAUUCGUAGAUCAUGGGAUCUACACAUGGCCUUGAUGUUGUCUAUGCAGGGGAAGAAGCUACAUUGGUCUACCAGACCACAAAGUUCACACAUAUUAUCACCGGUUUGUACAUGGCUUCCUUCCCGAUCUGAGCGUUCAUGACCCCGAUGACGAUCUUGAGGAUUCUAUGCGAAAAGCUGUCGUAGACAACCUCCAGCUUCGCGUAAAACAUUUCUUUCUCGAUAAUGGGUUUUCCUUUGACAUUUCUCUUAUCGUCUUUUUUAUGCAUUGGAAAAUAAAAAAAAAAAUCAAGGCAAAGGGAACAUACAUUCCCACAUAAAAAAAUAUUUAAAAACAGUGGAGUGAAUAAUUCAGUUUUUUUUUGUAAUUGGGAUUGUGGGAUUCCAUUCGGUCCGACGGAGCACAAGAAUAUCAGCUGGAGGACCGCCCACCAGCGAUGACACCAUUUUGUGCAGCACGUUUGAUCGUCUUCCUCCGACCGUUUAUCUCCUCCGAACUGGACUGGAUUUCCUGGUCCAUCUAUAUGCCUCACCAUCCAAGCCUUCACAUGGAGGAAUUGCACUCGUUAAGUACCUUAUCAUGACGCACAACGCUUCGUGGAGUCACAUCAAAUGAGUGAUGGCACCAGGAACAAUCUGGGAGUGCUUAUGUAGACCAGACGACGAGACAUUGAAAACAAUUCUGUUAGAAGGGGAAUUUAAACGCAGUACCGCUCACCUACGUUCUAUUACUACUAUAAAACAAACUCGCUUAUUUCUGGGUAUUUUUUGGGGAACAAAAUUCUAUUAUACCCCGGCCCAUGAAUAUACUGGGUUGAUUCCGGGAAACAACUUGAUCCAAAAGUGACUGUUGUGAUGGUGAAGGGUCUUGUUGAAAGCUAUGUGGUUGAUUCUAGUAGUUUUGUUUGACAAGGUGAAGUAUAUGGGUCUUCAAAACAUUGUAAAUAUAGAACCUCGUGUAGUAACUUAUAACUAUUGGAAAAACAUCCAAAAAUCAUAUCUCGGGAAAAAUAUUUAAACCUUUAGAUGACCAAAUUAACCCGGGGAAUCUCUGGAAGCAGUGCUGAAUACACUCAAUAGUUCUGUUGGUUGAUCAUGUAACAAAAACAUUUUCUUAUCAGAAAAGAGGAUCUCACAACUCGCAUACCGCUACGACAUCUUUGAACUUCUGUUACCUUCUGCUUGCCAAUGAGACGGUGAACGCGUUGUUCUCUGUAAGCUUUAAGUCCAAAGUUCUUCUUCAAAAUACGUUGCAUGGAUGACUGAAACAUUCGCAUCUACCAGUCGAACUCACUUCCCGAUAACAUGGGAUUUCGAGACCCUCUGUUUGCCAGACGAGACGAAGUGUACCAAACUCAUUGGACACGAGAGUGCAGAAUUCAGAUACGAAACAUCGCUUCUCAUCGCGUUUCAUUUUACACACAUCAAAUUUUACCGCCCCUUUUUUCUUCGGUCGUUCUGGCAAAGCAUAAAAACAACAUCGCUGCAUCCAUACCAACCGUAUGUGCUUGGGCGAAGAAGAAUAAGUUAACAGAGAAAGCAAAGGCACGGAUUCAAGCGCGGUUUAGAAAAGAGGUUCAUAAACACUGUGCAGUAACGAUGUUCACACCUUAAAGUGAACAAUGUUGACAACAAGAUUUUUCAUCUAUGUUUCGGUGCGUGUUCAUUCGCCAAAGCGCAUGUGUAUACAAGGAGUGAAGGUUCAAUUGAGUACAGAACACUUGUUGCAUAUCAGCACCGCGUUGCAUUCUGAAGACUGCAUCUCAAUCGCACAAAUGAAUCAAUUUUUAAUGCAGACACACAAGUCAUGUUGGCAUUUGACUACACUGCAAAAUAAAAUUACUGAAAUGUUUGUUUAAUUUACCCAUUUUGAAUAAUACAGUUUUGAGAAUCGGUGGCAGUAACCCUGUACAUAUACGAGGGGGGUUCGAUAAGUACUUAGCCUCAUCGCCCGAUGGUAUCAGUAUCGCAAAAGAGAUUACUUAUCGUGUAGUACAUUCUCGUAAACGGCUACUGUCAAAAUUUCAACCAAAUCGGGCUCGUAGUUCUAUUUUGACCGUGUGUGGAAGUGGGCGUGUUUGCGGAUUUUAGAAAAAUGGAAAAAAUGGAAAUUCCGCCGUCGCCACGGCCAAAUUGGUCGAAUUGCACUACGAACUGCUGUCCCACCCACCGUAUUCUCUAGAUUUGGCCCCGUGCGACUUUUUUUGUUUCCAAACUUGAAAAAGUCACUCGCCGGGCAGAAAUUUGAGUCGAAUGAGGAGGUCAUCGCCGUAACGGAGGCCUAAUUUGCAGACCUCGAGAAAACGUACUAUUCAGAUAGAUUAAAGAAGUUGGAGCAUCGCUGGGUCAAGUGUAUCGAGCUAAAAGGAGACUAUGUUGAGAAAUAAAUUGCCACUUUUUCCCUUGUUUUUUCGUGGACUAAGUACUUAUCGGACUGCCCUCGUAGUCUACAGGUCUCGCGGAGAAUGGCUUAAGACGUAUCAUUCAAAUAUACUUUGUGGUCGAUUUCAUGUUUGUAAUCUGCGUUAGUACCACGAUGUCCAUGCAACUAAUUCUUCAUUGAUUCAUCCUUCAAUUGAUUCCGUACAAGUGCAUUAUUAUUCAAACGAUCAUAAAAUAAACCAAAAUCAUCGGAAGGGAAAACGGCGCCGCCGCCUCAACCGUAUGUUCCGCCGUUGCAAUGUGAACGAGAAGAAUGUGACCAAACAUGCAAGGGUUUUCAUCACUGCCGUCAACUUUAAUGAAAUUGUAAAAAUAACAAGCAAGAAUUAAAUAAUACGAUACAUACCAUUAGACUCCCAAAUUGAGAAAAACUUAUAACGCUCGUUUAUCCUACCAUUAACCAGCAGCAACAUGUAGCUGAUCAUUUUCUUAUUGAAGCAAGAUAAAACUAAAAACAAUUGUGUACAUAACGCAAGACCGCGAGAUGCAGCACAAAAUUUUACGAGCACCCAUUUUCACAUGUAGUAAACUCGCAACACAUCAAUACUUCUAGUCGAAAACAAAUCUAUAACCCGUUUCACCCGUUUGUCUGCUUGAAUCAGAAAGAAAAAACUCAGCUAUUUCAAAACCAUCUUUGAUAUUGAAAAGAAAAAAAAGAAAAAGUCUAGUCGAUAAUACCCAUUUUUAUCUGGAUGUUAGCACAAAUACAGUACUUUCUACCGUAGCCCAGAAUCAUAUUCGAUUUAAAAUAAAAAGAACGAAAAAUAAACAUACCAAUGAAUAACCGUGUUGCCAAAUGCGAUCUUGCAAACCAGAUAGAGUUCACAACGGAAACAAAAACCAAUUCUACUUUUUACGAAGGUAUAUCAUGUCAAAAAAAUUACACACCUGAGCGGAAGUUAGACAACAGGCAGGAUAAAUCAUUAGAACAGAACAAUUCCAAUCAAUUUGAAACGAUCAACUUACUAGGGUACUAGCAAAAAAAAAGUGAGAGGUACAAAUUUUCUUCGUACCUUUCUGUCAAAUGUCAGCACAUAAGAUGAGAACCGUUUUGGGAGCGAAACAAAUCAGUAGAUUUUUCAACGUGAAUGCAGGAAGCAGGCUCAAAGAGCCCGAAGCGCGAACGUGGGAUACCCAGAACCUGACUGUAGAAUGAGCGAAACACUUGCCUAGCGUAGCUGCAGAUGAACACAUGUACACACUUUCACUCACACAUGCGAACAAACAUACACACUAUACACAUUUGCCUAUAUUUACUGAAAGAUGAUUAGGUAAACAUGAUUACUUUAUACGUAUAUCUGUUAUUGUUGAUAGCAAACUGAUUUAAAGAUUUAUUGCAGAAUUUAUCUUUUGUACGAGAGCAACACAAAAAAAGAGUCGUCUAACGAUUUGUUGAAAUAAGCCGUUUUAUUAUGGAUAUUUAUUAUAAUUAGUGAAUUAGCAGAAAAAAAAACUAAAAAACAACAACAAUCCUCCUGUAAUCGAUCAAACGCAGAAAGAAACGUAGCUUUCUUAUACGAACAAUACUGAACUAGACACAGCCUACGGAAGGAAUACAUACAAAAAAAACAAGUCAAGCAAACAUGGAGAAGGCAAACAAAAAUAUUAAACCACCACUACAAUUAUUCGAUAAUAAUUACCAAACAAUAAAUAUAGAGAUGACAGAACCUGAUGACGAAGAAGAAAUAUACCGUAACAUGUAAGACAAACAUUGAAAAAUGAUCAAACUGAUUCUUAGCUGCUAGACGAAACAAAACAAAACAAAAAACUCAUUAAAAGUCACAUUUGUCAGGAAAGCAAAAACAUAACCAUGGAAGAACACAAUUUAUUAGAACUAAAUGGAUGUUAGGAAUUCUUUGAAUUAUAAAAAAAAUAUGCUAACAGAUCGAGCAGAACGGAGAAUAUAGUAACACGGAUACGAACACACAACAGUUUCGUGAGAACAGUUGAGAACAACAGGAGACGAAAGCCGUGGAAGGGGGCAAUCAGUCAAUGAGAUUUUGCGAUGAUAUUAUUAAAAGAAAGGAAAUAGGAAAAUAAUUGGAAAUUAUACGAC